AGUCUAAAAAGAUUUGUUCUAUUCAAAAUAAAUAAAUAUUUUUUUUAUUAAUUCUUUAAUUAGGACUAUAAAUUACGAGACUAGCUCCGUUCGCUCCUCUGCUCUGUUACUUUACAAGGAAAGCGAGAUGUUUGGGGAAAACUUGUACCAGUGCUUCUCCGGCCAUCGCCGUUCGUCCCGUUGCCGUUGCCGUUGCCCUACUCUUCCGGCGCCCGCCGCCUCUUGUUCCUCUUCUUCCUCCUCCUCCGUCGUCUUCAAGCACUUCAAUUGCCUGUUCGAUCCUGGCAUGACGCCGGCCGUGCUUCCACCCCGCUCCACCUCCCCCGCUGGUAAAGGCGCCUCCUUUUUCCCCUCCUCGUCAUCUUCCGGCGACGGCAUAGACGGAAACGAGGUCUCCAGCUGCCUCUCCGAGCGUGACCUCUCCUCCGCCAUCGCCUCCCGCCGCCUGCUGCCGGCGUCCCCGGGGCGGUCCAACUCCAGCGUGGACUCCUCCGCGGCGCCGGCCGCCUUCGGAAUCAGGGGCAUUUCCGCCGCCGCCGUGCCCACCUACUCGCCGGACCCCUACGGCGACUUCCGCCGGUCGAUGGAGGAGAUGGUGGCUGCGCUCGGCCUCGACGCCGCCGGCGACCACCGCGCCCGCCGUCUCCACGAGCUCCUCCUCUGCUACCUCACACUUAACCGGAAGCACGCCCACAAGUACAUUGUCAGCGCUUUCUUCGACCUCCUCCUCGCCCUAGCCGCCGCCACCUCCGCCGCCGAGGAUAAUAGCUCCACCGCUCGAUUCGCCACUGCCUCCUCCCAGCUGUAGAUUGUUAACUCGACAUGCGUACGGCAUAUCUGCUAAAGAAUUAUUCUCUCUGUCAGAUCCUCGUCGGAUCAUAUCUGCUAACAUAUACGCCAUGCUUACUCGACAUGUAGACGAGAUUACUACUAAUACUACUACGAAGCAUCAUCUUAAUCUUUGCUCUGAUCAAGUGUCUCAUGUGUGGACGAGGACAGUUUCUCUGGUCAAAUAAACUCCUCUUACUGGAAUUGACAUAAAGAUGAGAUCAAUGGUGGAGUCAGAUCGAAGUAGUGCGCGCUGGAAAAGCUGUCCCAGACUCGGCCAAUGCAUCUCAGCGCACUGAAUCAAAGAUGCCAAAGACUUCAAUUACUGUCUUUUUGUUUAUCUUUCCAGAAAAAUAAUUGGCGACGACAAUGCUGUUCUCUGUAAA